AUGUCAAGAUAAUGAUUUCGAUUUCAGUCUGGUUCUAUUUGUUUGUAUUUUUUGUUUAAAUAAGAAUCUUUUCACAUUAUUAUUUAGAUAGGUCGACACUUGACGAUACAAAAAACUGCUUUUAUAAUUGUUUUUAAGUUUUGUCUGAAUUAUGGAAGAUAUAUUUCAGUGGUGUAGAGAAGGAAAUGCGCUACAAGUUCGUGUUUGGCUUGAUGAUACUGAACAUGACAUGAAUCAAGGAGAUGAUCAUGGAUUCAGUCCUCUACACUGGGCAUGCAAAGAGGGACACAUUAAAAUAGUGGAGAUGUUAAUAAGAAGGGGCGCUCGAAUCAAUGUUACGAAUAUGGGAGACGACACCCCAUUGCAUUUAGCAGCGGCACAUGGACACAGGCCCAUCGUACAAUUGUUGCUGCAAAAUCGAGUUGAUGUAAACUUCACUAACGAGCAUGGUAAUUCACCAUUGCAUUAUGCCUGCUUCUGGGGAUAUGGUGCAAUCGCAGAAGAUUUAGUUAUGGCUGGUGCAUUGGUGUCACUGGCAAAUCAGUAUGGUGACACACCUCUUGAUAAAACAAGGGGACAACUAGUUCAGAGAUUGCACGAAAUGGCCAUCCAGCAAGGGCAGGAUUUGAAGAAGAUCCAAUUCAAGGAUCAAUCAUGGCUAGGUCUUAAAACGAGAAGCAGGGAUGCGACUCUCUCCCGCCACCGCGGUAUUAACAUCAAUGAACUCGCACUGCACACCAGAAUUGCGUCUACACCUUCAGGCGAAACAUGGCGCGGUAGGUGGCAAAAGAAUGAUAUCGUGGCGAAGUUCAUAGCUGUCAGGGAGUGUACGCCGCGAGUGCAGCGUGACUUUAACGAAGAGUUCCCUAAAUUAAGGAUCUUCUCGCAUCCCAAUAUUCUACCGGUGGUGGGUUGCUGCGUGUCUCCGCCGUCGCUGGUGGUGAUCUCGCAGUACAUGUCGUGGGGGUCGCUGCACGCGCUGCUGCACGGCGGCGCGGGCGGCCGCGUGGUCGUGGACGCGGCGGCCGCGCUGCGCCUCGCGCACGACGUGGCCAGCGGCAUGCGCUACCUGCACGCCCUCCCGCGCGACCACGUGCUGCCCGCCUACCACCUCAACAGCGACCACAUCAUGAUCGAUGAAGAUCUGACGGCGCGUAUAAACAUGGCGGACGCGAAGUUCUCUUUCCAAGAGAAGGGUCGUAUCUACCAACCAGCGUGGAUGGCGCCCGAGGCUUUACUCAAACCGGCCGCCAAGAGGAACUGGGAGGCCGCCGACAUGUGGAGCUUCGCUAUACUGCUCUGGGAACUCGCCACUAGAGAAAUUCCAUUCGCUGACUUAUCGCCGAUGGAGUGUGGAAUGAAGAUAGCUUUAGAAGGACUUCGUAUUACAAUCCCACCUGGUAUCUCCCCUCAUAUAUCGAAGCUAAUAAAGAUCUGUAUGAACGAGGAUCCUGGCAAGCGACCAUCUUUUGAAAUGAUACUUCCGAUACUGGAAAAAAUGAAGCGUUAACAAAUCAACAAGCAAUUUGCAAUUUCUUUUAGAUAUUGUGGUAUGUGUUUCAGUUUUUAAAUAAUGAUAUAAAGAGUAAUAUAUUCAGGACAGAAAGGUAACAAUUUACUAAAAUCAUUAUUUAAUCAAAUAUUUGAACGGGUUCUAGAGCGCGUUAAUUUUACGUUUAAAAAUAUACCCAUCUAAGAAUUUCACAUAACUUUAAUUAAACUUUAUGACACGGGAAUAUUUUAAUUAGUGUGCAAAUAUUUUUCAUGUAAUGUAGCAUAUUUAUUAGAAUAAAUAUGUUCUUGAUAUUUAGUAAACAAACUAUAUAUCGACAAAUAUCAGUCAUUUACCUUCAGAUAUAGUAAGAUGAAGAUGAGUAACCAAACAUGUAUUUUUCUUCAUCUAUAUUAGUAGGUAAAAAAAGAGGAAAAACGUGUAGACAAUGAAUAUAAAAUUUGUGCACUAGUUACAAUUUUUCUGGUAUAAUAAUGAAAAAAAAAAAUGAAAAUUUAACUGCCAGUAUUUUUAUUGUUGUUUAGUACUUAGGUUGUGUUUUGACUGUAUUUUAAUUUAUGUUCUUUUUUGGAAAUAAUCAAUUCUUUAUAUUUAACAUAGUAUUUGGACAUGAUAAUGGUGCUUGAGUAGAUGUAAUUGGAAUGUAGUAUUAGAAGGAAAUUCAUAUCUAAUGUAAAUUGUAAAAUACCUAACCAGAAUAACCCAAAGACUAAAUGCUCAGUUGUCUUGUUAGAGAACAAAUCUAUGAAUCUCUAUAUUUAAAAAAUAGUAAUAUUUUACGUAGGAUACCGUACUUUACUUUACACAAACUUAAUUGAGCAUGGUAAAAACCAAAUUUAAUACAUACAAACCCUGGAGGAAGUUGUGUGCUAAUUUUGUCAACGUCGGCGUAGGUGAUAUAAUAGUAACAAGCUUUAUACUUGGAAUCACGUUUAACGAACGUAUGCAAACGAAAAUAGUCUUUAUUGUCUUAACUUACAAUAACUAUUCAACCCAUUUCUCGUGUGCAGUGAAAUUAUUUGAUGGAUCCCUCAUUAUUUAAGAUUCAGAAUGCUGGAGAGUAUGGGUUAUAUAUAUCAAACAGCACACCACAUUAUACAAAACUUUUUUGCAAAUUAUUUUAAUCAAAAGUAUUCCUUAUUCAAGUUAUAAACAAAGUCGAAAAUUCAAUGAGGAAAUUCGACUUUUUGUAGUAAAUUAUCUAGAGUUGUGUACUUCAUAUAUAAAAAAGUGUAGUUAAUGUUAAACUCCUUUUAUUGAAAUGUAAAAGUAUAUUUUUAUUUAUACCUUCCGACAAAUGUGCCAUGGUGUAGAAGAUCCGCAAAUGUAGAGAUUAGUAAAAAAUAAUAAUCAUGUACAAAAUAGUUCAGUACAGUUUGUGGUCAAACGCUAUUAUUACGAUAAUAUAGCAUUUUAUCACAUUUAUUUAGGAAAUACGUAAAUAAUAAUUUGAUUAUCCAUAGAGAAUAGUAUUUAUGAAAUAUAUGAUGUGCCUUGUAUCUAAUUGAAUUCAGAGUGAAAACUGCAAUUCGUUCGACUGCUUAAAUGAAAAAUGCAUACAACAUUGUUAUAUUCAUAUUUAAUAAUAUUUUUGAUGAUAAAGUUACGACUUUCAUAAAGUUGCGUAAUAUAUACUAACAUAAUAUCUACUUUGUGUAAUAAAAUAAUUAAACAACUAAUUAAAUGGCUUAUUAUUUAAAUUCCCCAAUUUUAUAAGAAAGUUAAUGUGAUGAUACAAUAAUAUCUUAAAAGUCUCUGGGCUCUGUAAUUUCUGAAUACAUAACUCACCGCCCCUUCCUUUCCUGUGGGUGUC